CGUCUUUAACAAGAGGCGUAGCUGUUUGCUCAUGCAUUGUGCUACUUGCCUUGGUUGAGAAAUUUUUGCUUCCUGCACCGAUACAUUACACAUCCAGAAACAAGUUGAGAGAAAGAAAGAGGGUUCGCUCGCUGUGAAAGCAAGGACAUUGACAGUAAUGUUACCAUCUAGUACAACCAAAAUAAUAGUUAUUCUAUAGAGGAGAAGGAUUAACUUUCGACUGCACGGACGAACAUUUUUACGCAUUCACUAGCCAAACUGUUCACGCACAUCGUAGGUUUUGCAACGAAGAGGCAGAGGGAAAAGAAGACAGGCUAUUAAACCCGUUCGUUUGAAACCCUUUUAGCUAACAUACCUCCGUGAUGUCGGAGCGAGGAGGGCUCCCGCGGACUGGAGGUGCCCCUUCCCCGCACGUGCAGCCCUCCAAACCGGUCACGAUCACCUCGAAUCGCCCGGUCCACAUGAACCUCUACGCCACCUGGGAAGUGGACCGCUCUUCGCCAAGCUGUGUGCCGAGGCUGUUCAACCUGACGCUGAAGAAGCUGAUCAUGUUGAAGGAGCUUGAUAAAGACCUCACCUCCGUGGUCAUCGCUGUCAAACUACAAGGUUCUAAGAGGAUCCUGAGGUCCAAUGAGAUACUGUUGUCUUCCGCGGGGCUGACUGAGACAGAUCUUCAGCUCACCUUCUCUUUACAGUACCCCCACUUCCUGAAGAGAGAUGCCAACCAGCUCCAGAUCAUGCUCCAGCGGCGUAAACGUUAUAAGAACCGAACCAUCCUGGGCUACAAGACCCUGGCUCUGGGACUCAUCAACAUGGCUGAGGUGAUGCAGCACCCCAGUGAGGGGGCCCAGGUUUUGGGGCUCCACAGCCAGUUGAAGGAGGCCUCUGUACCCGUGGCAGAGGUCAGGGUCUACUCCCUCUCCAGCCAGCCCAUCGACCACGAGGGACCCAAGGCCAAGAUGUCUGAUCGUUCUCCAGACAUUGAUAACUAUUCUGAGGAAGAGGAGGAGAGCUUCUCAUCAGAACAGGAGGGCAGUGACGACCACGGCCAGUAUCUGUAUGAUGAAGAGGAUGAGGUGAGGAAGAAAAAGCCUAGACGGAAGCUCACCUCUAACACCUCCAUCACUAGACAACCCAACAUCAAGCAGAAGUUUGUGGCCCUGCUGAAAAGAUUCAAAGUUUCAGAUGAGGUGGGUUUUGGUCUGGAGCAUGUCUCUAGAGAACAGAUCCAGGAAGUGGAGGAGGAUUUAGAUGAGUUGUAUGACAGUCUGGAGAUGUACAACCCCUCUGACAGCGGACCAGAGAUGGAGGAGACAGACAGCAUCCUCAGCACACCCAAACCUAAACUCAGGCCGUUCUUUGAGGGGAUGUCUCAGUCCAGCUCUCAGACAGAGAUCACCAGUCUGAACAGCAGAGGGGGGAGCCUGGGGCGUGACGCCUGCUUCAACCCUCAGGGGGAGCAGAUGAAACACUCUCACAGUCGUAACCUGGAGGUAGAGGCCCUCUCUGAGACAGACACACUGGAGUUGAACGAUCAGGAGAUGUUUCCAGAGGGCCCCUGCAUUAAGGUGUCGAUGGCUGAGAAACCCUGUACGCCCCUGAAGAGCAGUAAGAGUGAAGGAGGACAGACUAUGCCCUCCCCCAGGUUGGACGGCGGAGGCCACACCCCCAAACAGAAGAGACAGAGCAAUACUCCUAUGAAGGAGAGGCAGCUGUCUAAACCAAUCAGUGAAGGAGCGAAGACCAACAUCUCUGACAGCGAGAGGUCCCCCGAACUGGGACACAGCUCACAGGUCCUGAGGAAGGCGGUGUAUGAUCAGCUAAACCAUGUCCUGCUGUCUGACUCUGCUCUUCCUGAGAGUCUCAUCCUGGUCAAUGGCACCGACUGGCAGGGCCAGUACGUGGUAGAGCAGCUGCAGGUACAGAGGCACCCGGUGGUGUGUACGUGUUCAGGAGCUGAGAUCCAGGCGGUGCUCUCUGCUGUCCUCACACGCAUCCAGAAGUUUUGUAACUGUAACUCGUCCAUGCCCAGGCCAGUCAAGGUGGCAGUGGUGGGCAGUCAGAGCUACCUCAGUGCCAUCCUGCAGUUCUUCGUCACCCAGCUGGCCAGCAAGACCUCUGAUUGGCUCAGCCACCUGAGGUUCCUGGUGGUGCCCCUAGGCUGUCAUCCUGUUGCUAAGUACCUGGGUGCCCUAGACAACCGUUACAGCUCUGCAUUCUUAGAUGGGGCGUGGGGAGACGUGUUCAUCCACUCUGAACCCCCACAGAAAGUCCAGUUGGACGUGGCAGGUAGGAUCUCUCAGUACAUCAGCGGCGCCACAGUCACACACCAGCUGCCCAUCGCUGAGGCCAUGCUUACCUGUAAACACAGGACGCACGAUGAAGAUUCCUACCAGAAGUUCAUUCCCUUCAUUGGGGUGGUGAAGGUUGGUCUGAUUGAGCCUGGUCCAUCCUCUACUGGUUGCCUAGGAGACACAGAAGAGGGUGUGGCAGUGAGCCUUGCUGUUCCCUCUACGUCCCCUCCCUCCCACAGCUCUCCCGCUGGGCUGAUCAAAGAGGCUGCCACUCCCCCCUCCUCUCCCUCCAUGGGCAGUGUUCUGGCAGUACAGGGGAGCCCCAGUAUGCCUCAUGGUGUGGACACCAUCGGGCUGCAGGUGGACUACUGGCUGGCAUCGCUGGCGGAGAAGCGACGUGAUGGGGAACGGCGUGACACGGGAGGUAAGAACACCCUGAAGAGUGCCUUCAGGUCCCUGCAGGUCAGCAGGCUACCAGGAGGGGGCAUCAGUGAGACACAGGCCCAGGUCAGCACCAUGGCCAUGACGGUGGUCACCAAGGAGAAGAACAAGAAGGUUCCCACCAUCUUCCUGGGUAAGAAACCGAAGGAGAAAGACGUAGACUCUAAGAGCCAGGUCAUCGAGGCCAUCAGCAGACUCAUCUGUUCUGCCAAGCAGCAUCAUACCAUGUUGAAAGUGUCCAUAGACGGAGUGGAGUGGAACGACGUCAAGUUCUUCCAACUGGCCGCCCAGUGGCCCACACACGUCAAGUACUUCCCUGUUGGACUGUUUGGUUACAGCAAACCCCCCUCCUAGGGUCCACCCUUUACCCCUCCCCCUUGGCCCCCUUGCCUCACCCAGUACCGUCCCACCUACGCACACAGACCCCGCCUCUCAGAACGCCAUGGCACUUGUAUUGGUCAAUCACGAUGGAGGGUUGAGGGGCUGGACGUUUUUUCUAUAUUUGUCUUAUUUCUCUAUAAGGAAGGAGGGAAAGAGGGAUGGAGGGAAUGGGUGGAACGCUACUUGUCACUUUAAUGAAUUAAAAUGCCCCUCUCUCCCAGUGUGGUGUGUGUAUGAGGGGAACACAGCACAAGAUAACUAACUGCCGUUCAACUAACCGUAACGAUGAGAUGCAACCCCACGAAUAACUCCCAUUAUGAACCCCUGACCCUUUAACCCUGACCAGGUCAUUCUCUUAUCACAUUGAACCUGCCAACUGUCACUCCGUGCUCUAACCCAGACCUGCAUGCUGUAAACUCCACCACCCACGUGCCAGUUAUAACAAGAGCAUCAUAUUGUGUUAACAGUAAUGCCAUGGUUAUUAUGGGGUAUGGAGGGGAACUGUGCAUGAGAAAUGGAACAAACAACAGACAACACCUAGAGUAGCAAUGCUUUUCCUGCUCCCUAAAUACAAGAAAAAGCUUUUUUCUCACCAAUGAUAUACGUUGAUAUGAUAUGCAUAUAAAGAGUAAAAAAUGUAAACGUUCCGCUUUGAUGUUGUAAACAACAUUGUAACUUUCUGUGAACAGCACAGUCCAGUCCAGUCCUCCAAAUUCAGAGCUCACUGUUUGUCCAAACUCUACUGCUGUCUGUAAGGCUUGUCUCUUUAUCAAUCAGUUAUUGUUGUCAGCAUUGUUCUCUUGAUUGUAUUAAACGACGAUGUGUUCUAAGCAACACACUAGUCCUCUUGGCAUCUAAAAUGAGCGCUGAGCUGUCGUGAGUAACGUAGCUCUGUGUCACCUAAACUGUAGCCCUAACCCUACCUGUGCAGUGUAAAGUAUUAUGACCAAUGUCAUGUAUUAUAAUGCCAUUGUGUCCAAUUUUGCUGUUAUUAUAAUGAUUUUCAUGGUCAUUUGGAGGUAGAAGGUUUCUCAGUAGUGACGUCAACAUCUCGUGUAACUAACUCAAUAUCUGGCCCUGUUCUCUUUGGGGGGAGGCUCUUACAAAGGAAGGGUUUUGCACCAAGGCCUUCAAACUCACUGAGAAUGAAUACACAGCUAUGCAUGUUCCACAAAUAAGUCUGAAUGAUAGCAUGCAAAGAUUUCACAGUACGAGGAUGCAUUUCCAACAAUCAUUGGAGAUAUCCCCUGAACUUCAUUUGAAUGCAGAUAAUAUUCAUUGAUUGCGUCUUCAUUUAUUUGAUCUCGCUGUCAUCAGAAGCUUCAUUAUUUAGGAACACUCCAUUUUGGAAGUUUUAAACCUAUUUUAUCAGUGAAUGUCUCAUUUAAUUCGGGAGAGAAAAAUUGAUAGCAGGAGAGAUAGCUGACUGUUAAUUUACAAAUGAAACCCUUUUUAUAGCCCAGAACCAGCUGUUACUUCACUAGAGCAUUUUCUGUUGUUCUUGAACACAAACACACCAUAAUCAUUUUUAAUAGUCAUUUAGCAGACGCUCUUAUCCAGAGCGACUUACAGUAGAGUGCAUAAAUGUUAUUACAUUUUUUUAUUUUUACAUACUGAGACAAGGAUAUCCCUACCGGCCAAUCCCUCCCUAACCCCUAACCCGGACGACGCUAUGCCAAUUGUGCGUCGCCCCACGGACCUCCCGGUUGCGGCCGGCUGCGACAGAGCCUGGGCGUGAACCAAGAGACUCAGCCCUAGACCACUGCGCCACCCGGGAGACCCGGGUGUAAUCUCUCUCCAAACUCCAUAGUCAGUUGACCUUGUAACUUUGUAACCUGUGAGCUUGGAUACUUUGUGCAACUUCCCUUGUGAGUACCAAAGAGAGAUAUGGCCAGGGCAGUGGCACUAUUGAAAGCAGACCAUCAAACUCUGCUGCUCUUAUUACGUGUCACUGCCCACCAGCCAAGGGCUAGACCCAGACCCAUAUCUUCAUCUGGACUUGGACUCUCAUCUUUUAACUGAGACUGUAUCUAUGUAUGUUAUGUACAUGGUUGUAUCUAUGGGAGGGGCGUAUGAUGUGUAGAUGUGUCUCCUUAACCACAGAUCUAGGAUCAGAUUACCAUGCCCUCCAGUUCUAUCCAUAACCAUUAGGAGGAGUUAAAACUACCUGACCCUGAAUCAGUCGUUAUGGGCGACAUCUACUGCCAGAGCUCCAACUGCUCUUUGCCUUGUAGCGUGUUAUUAGAAUAAUAAGGAGUGUAAGAUAUGAUUCUAUUUGAACUGCUUUCUCUUCAUAGGGGAAUCAUAAGUAUUCAACGAAAGGGACUAAAAAAAAUCACUGCCAAAAAUGUCUGUUACAUGGAUAUAACAGCCAAGCUGACGAGAGGGUGUAGAUAUAGGUGUUCAGUGUUUUUGGUGACAACAACAAAACAAAACUUUAAAUAAUGAUUCUUGUUCCAAAAUAAUUGAUUUCAAUGUUAGAAAAAGAUGAUGUUACCAUGAAACAUUGCACUGUUUUACUCUGCCUCUCCUCUCCCCCUGUUCACGGUUCAGUCUCUGUCUUUCUCCGGUCUCUCCGUUUACAUGUUGUUUUUCCUACCUUCUCUAGGCCUAUUCUUCCUGUUGACUGUCGUCUCUAACUUUACCUGCUGUGUGUUAACCUGUGUAUCUAGCUGUACUGACCUGUGGUUGCUGUGAUGGUUUUCAUGACUAACGUAUAGGGACAGGGUUGUGACUAAAGGGAGUAUAGUCUACAACCGGAAGUUACUUUUCGUAGCAGGUUAGGAGAAAAUUUGAGCUAAUCCUAACCUUUUUCCUAACCUUAACCUAAGUAUCCUAAUCUGCCACUUUAAUUAUCCUAACCUGCUGCUUAUUUCUCCUAACCUGCUACGAAAAAGUAACUUCCGGUCGUAGCUGUACUCCUUCCAGUCAGAACCUAAGGACAGCAGUUAUUCCUGACCAUGUGACUUAGAACAACUCUGGGCCCUGGUUAUAGUCUAUACCAGAGACGGAAGAGGAAGCAAGACAUCCCGCUCCCUCAUUUUUUCUGGUUCAUAUACAGUCAAUUAACUAAGUAGACCAGACCCAGCUGCUAUCACAUAAGAUAUCUUCAUUUAUCCACCGUCUUUGGUCUAAACCUAUAACCAGGGCCCAGACUUCCUGAUCAGGUCACAUGAUCCUGAAAAACACCUGUCCCUAGUGAAGGGGAAGAACAAUAUGAUCUAUUAAUAAAUCCCUUAAAUGAUCAAUAAUCUCCUUCCUCUCCUCUAUCAUCACAAUGUGUUUCAGAACAAAUGGAGUGAGAGAUCUAGAACAAACCGUAAGAUCUAGAGUCUCUGCCAGGAUUCCACAAGCUUUGCUUCUAAUAUAACCCAUUUGAAAGGAUCUCCCUGCUUGUAACAUAGCAGCCUAUCACAGAAGGGAAUCGUUUUUUGUGUAACACUGCAUAGACCAUAGUUAUGCUUGGUAGCUAGUAGUUUGAGGGGAGGAUUCUAACGCUUGUGGAUUUGGAGAGUAUUUUUGCACAUGCCAUUGUUUCUUCAGCAGCUUUUUUGCCUUUUGCCUAUAAACAAUAAUAAUGCUUGUACAUACAAAACAAAUGUACUUCUGUAAUGUAUCUUAGUCCUUGUUUUUUAUUUGAAAUCUUUUGUAGUACUGCUUUUUUAUGUUUAUGUUGUGCGAUGGAAAAGUGGAACUGUUCAUUGUUUUGUUUUUUAAAUAAAUACACCUGAUUUUUA